AUGUCGAAGAUACUAGCGAACAUUUUUGAAAUGGUUUCGGAUAGAACUGUGGACAAACCAGCAAAAGGCAUAUCAAAUGAUUGUAAUGAAGAUCACUUUGGUCUUUCAAACAGCAAGACAGCGCCACCGCAGUCAAUGAUAGAUGACUUGAAGGCCAGGAAAUGUAUUGGACAUGACGAUAAUGCCUCUGAAAAAAAUUCAGAUGAUUUAGCGCAAAUUCUUCAACAAAAAUACAAGAAAAGAGGCAUCUUAAUUUCAUAUGAUAUAAAAGGUUCUUUUCAAUUGAAGCGAGUUGUAUGUAAGACUAUAGAAGACCUGAAAUCACUUGGUUUUCAAGACGAUAUUUGGUUUGAUAAGGAUGAAGGGGAAACUGCAACGAAUGCUUCAUUUGGACAAAGACUAGAGUCGGCUGAAGAAUGCAACGCCGCCAUAAUGUUCAUCUCACAACAAUUCUUCAACAGGUCACCAACGAAAUACGAAGCGGACAUUUUUAGGCAAAGACAGGAUGAAAUAACAUCAAGCGGGAACCAAUUCCGAGUAUUUAUUGUGAGAUAUUCGCCAUCUGUUUUACCCAUUCCAGCUUGUUUUCUUAACCCUGAUGUCGACCUGACAAGUAGGAAACUUCGGUAUGUCAGCUUGGCUGAAAAAGCAGCUGCGAUUGUCGGAUCUCUUUCUGAGGAUUUAGAAGGAUAUGUCACAUUCUCAACCAAACUCUACCGCCAUCUUUCCCCUGACUUCAGUGACAAUUUUGCCUCGAGAGGAUACAAGGAGAAACCUGUGUUCCUUUGGGAUAUCCGCGACGUACAGGAUUGGUUAGGGUCCCUUGGGGUUCACGAGAGAUACCGCUUGAGUUUGGAGGAAAAUGAAAUCGAUGGCUUUUUGCUAACGAGCCUGAACGAGUGCGAUAUUCAGGAAUAUUUAAACGUCGAUAAUAAAACUGCCCGACAUAAGAUUCUUCAUGGAAUUAACAAUGUCCUAGACAGGGAGACAAGUUGGGAUAUGUCUUGUCGAAACAGGAAGACAAGGGAUAAUAAUGUAUAUCUGGUGUGCGAUCCCGUGGAUGUAUGGAUAGCGGAGUUCAUUAUAGCGGAUCUUGUAAAAGUGGGGAUCAUGGCUCAAAUGCAUAAUGGUCCUGGAUUUUCAAAAUCUAAUGCCAGGCUGUUAGCGGAGGCUGCUACCGUCGUCUUUCUCCUGACGUCAUCCAGUGAAAGUUCUCACGUCGUGUUUAAAGAGAUCCUAUUGGCUGCUUGGCUUGAGAAACCCAUCGUUACAGCGGUUUUUGAUCAGUCAGCGAUCACGUCAGCAAGAUGCGCGCUUCAAGCCAUCGUUGCCAAGCAACCAGCCGUGAACUUUGGAAGAGAGCGAUACCUAGAAGGACUCGAUGUUUUGCGAUAUCACGUGACACGUGGACGGGGGGUUCUACCCAAGGUUAUCCUACAGCAGCAUUAUGUUCAGAAAAUGAGGAACGGUUUGAAAACGCUCGAAACUUUGCUACAGACAGAUCAAGGUAGGAAAUAAGAUCAGAAUACCAAUAUCAGAAGCGAAAAUUGUUGAUGUGUCGUCGCAUUCCUGUUGUUUGUAGGUUUAAAUUCAGAAUUCAAGCGACCAAAAGUGUUUCUGAGCUAUCAUUGGGAUAU